GCUGUCUCGGAGGCCGUGGGUUGACAAUGGCCUUGGAAGGGAAGACCAAGCUGACGAAGAAGAGAAGCGCCGAGCCGGGGGAGAGCCCCGGCCACGGCGUCGGCGGGAACCGGAGCGGAGACUACCUGGUGGGACAGGUGGCCGGCAGCCUGUCCCGCGGCGGAGGGGGGACGAGCCGGCUGGCGGCCCUCUUCGGCUCUCCGCAGCCUCAGGUUCGACCCGUGUACGUGCCUGUGCCCAAGGAAACCACGCAGAAGAGGAAACGGGAUGAGGAGGAAGAACGUACAACCCAGAUUCAGAGACCACUUUUGCGAGACCCUGCAAAAAAAGUGGAAGUGAAGAAGAAACGCUCUAAUUCAGAUAAAAAGUUGGCCAACAGGGAAAGUGCUCUAGCAAGUGCUGAUUUAGAAGAAGAAAUUCACCAGAAACAAGGGCAGAAACGGAAAAAUUCUCAGUCUGGUGUUCAAGUAGCAGACAGAAAAGUAUUUGAUGAUGCAGAUGACACAAUUGUAGGUCAAAGAAAGAAAACUCAAGUUAACCAAGAAGAAGAGAGAUUAAAGAAUGAGAGAACUGUGUUUGUUGGGAAUUUGCCUGUCACAUUUAAUAAGAAGAAGCUGAAGUCAUUUUUUAAAGAGUAUGGACAAAUAGAAUCUGUACGAUUUCGUUCUCUGAUUCCAGCAGAGGGAACUCUGUCGAAAAAGUUGGCAGCAAUAAAACGUAAAAUUCAUCCUGACCAGAAAUAUGUUAAUGCUUAUGUUGUGUUUAAGGACGAGGGUGCAGCUACAAAAGCAUUGAAAAGAAAUGGGGCCCAAAUUGCAGAUGGAUUUCGUAUCAGAGUUGAUCUCGCAUCUGAGACCUCAUCUAGGGACAAGAGAUCAGUGUUUGUGGGGAAUCUCCCUUACAAGGUUGAAGAAUCCGCUGUCGAGAAACACUUUCUGGACUGCGGGAGUGUCGUGGCAGUGAGGAUUGUGCGAGACCAGAUGACGGGAGUCGGCAAAGGCUUCGGCUACGUGCUCUUUGAGAAUACAGAUGCUGUUCAUCUUGCUCUGAAAUUGAAUAAUUCUGAACUAAUGGGAAGAAAACUCAGAGUCAUGCGUUCUGUUAAUAAAGAAAAAUUAAAACAACCGAAUUCAAAUCCAGGUUUGAAGAAUGUCAGUAAACCUAAGCAGAGACUUAAUUUUGCUUCCAAAAAUGCAGGAGAACAUUCUAACAGUUUAUUUAGUGGAGAAAAAGCUGUUCUCGUUAAAAAGAAGAAAGGACAGAAGAAAAGUGGGCGAACUAAGAAAAAGAGAAAGCAGAAGUAGCAAUCAGAAGCUGCCCCUCUUUCCCCAGUACUGCUAAUUAAGAAUGUCGUGAGCCCAUGUAUUGAGUUUCUGGAUUUAUGGAUGGUAUCUGUGAAAUGUGGAGACUUCCAUGUCCUUAGUUUAUCCUCAUUGUAAUACUACCUUUGGAGCGUUUGUUUUAUGAUGUAGGCAGAUCAGUUACCAUUGAUUAUGCGUUACUACUGGUGGUAUAAGAUGAUUUUAGACCUAGGGUGAACAUUCAGAAUUUUAACGGUUUACUGUUGUUUUAGUAUAUGUUAGAAAUAUAUAAUUAACAUUUCAGACAGUUAUUUCAAGAUUAUUAUUUGCUGGGCUGAGACUAAUUUAAAAAGUAAGUAAAUUUAAAGAAAAGCAAUAAAUCUUAAUACUGAUUGUACUUAAACCAAUAUCUUCAUAAUUUGAGUGGAAAUACUGAUCCAAGGUCUAAGAAGGAAGGUUUGAGAGCUGUUAUAUAGUAUCGACUCAUUUUUCUUUCUUGCACUUUUGGUAAGUGGAGUUCUGGAUUUUUAUUUUAUUCUGUUAACCUAAUAAUAACUGACCAACAAGAAUGUUAAAUGAAAUGUUGCCCUGAUUUCCUAUUUCUAACCAGUGACUGGACUGAUUAUUGAAGUUCUUGGCAAAUUGUCUAUAAAGCAGAUUUCUAUUUUUAUUUGCAAAAUAUUCUUCCUGGAAAACUUGUAAUCUUGAAUUCAUGUCACUCAGUAAAAUGAAAUAAUCUUUCCCAAAAAAUCAUUUUUAAAGGAAACAUUUUCUAAUGAAAUAUGGUAAUUAAGUCACAAAGUAUAAAUAAAGUUCAGCUAGGGGAGAGAGUACCACUACGCUCCCUCGGGGCUUAAACUUGUGAUGAGCUGGUGCCUGUCUCACAGGUUUUACCAGCCCAGGAGGGAGACCAGGGCGGGAGCACAGCGGGGCGGCCGAUCUUAGGCAAGCAGAAUCUGCAGUGAACAUACAUCAUGUCACUUAGGUGGAUAAGGAGGUGGGAGGAGAGGACAGUGAGUGUUACAUAUUGUUUUGAAAAUCUUGUCUUUGGGGAGUAGCACAAUGGGUCUUUAAAAUGUAGCUCUGCGGAGAGCAGAAGGAGCUCCAUUUUCAUGUAUCCAGGGACUGGAUAUUUUAGGCUUAGUAUCCUUUACAGUGCUUAGAACCUUGUCUUUCAUCAGUAGGGCUCAGUAAAUAUUUAUUAGCUGAUCAUUCUUGAGCAUUUUUGCAUAUAUUUCCUGUAUAAAGAUGCAACAUCUGUAGACUAUGUAGAUGAUGUGCAUAUUUGGUCUGUGCGCAUAGACUUAAUUGUGACUCUCCUGUAACAUAGCAGGUUAAUAUUUUACUUUACACUUGUUACUCUAUAACUGAAAUUUCAACUUUCUGUAAGCAGAAUAUGCGUGUGUCGACUAUAAUAGUUUAAAAAACACAUUUGACAUAGGAAGAAAGUAAUAUGUAUUUUAUAAAAAAUUCCACCAGAGAUACUUUGUAUAGUUCUUUGUUACCUGGGAAAAUUCUGGUAUUCUGUUAUAGCUGAUUAAAUAAUUCUAUCCAUGAGAGUAUAUAUGGGUGGUCAACAGUGGUUAAAAUUUGACUUUUAAUGAUGGUAAUAAAGACUAUUGGUGGUUUUGAUUAA